AUGCAAUCGUCGGCGUACAAGCCCAGCACGCCCGACUCGCGCACUCGCGCAAAGGUGCGUAUCGAGGCUCUCAAUUCGCCCUUGCGUCGGUCGAGCUCUUUGGGCCACACGCCAACAUCGUCGAUGCUCGGCUUUCCUAUUCCGACUGACCUCCUGUUGGGUCUGCUACUCAACAAAACGCUGCUAGCAUCAGCAGCUCUACUCGUAUGCACCUGGCUCUCGUCCUCGCACAACGAGUCAAUACACUCGCGAGUUUCUUCUUCUAUAGACGAACCAGGCUCUGCGGCUUCGCGCGAACCCAACACAAGCAGCACCAGCUCCUGGGCAAUCGCCACCUUUGUGUUUCUGAUCGCAGCUGCAGUACAGGCGAUUUGGUUCAAGGCAUGGCAGUGGUUACCGGCAGUCAAACGUGUCGAUAGGCGCAGGCUCUGCACGUUAGCCGCUAUCAACUUUGCUCAGCUUCUCGUUUGGCUCAUGGCUCUGCGCAAGCUCGAUGCGGUCAACGUGAUCAUCUUUACCCAGUACUGCGAGAUCUGGGCGGUGGACCUUGCAAAGAGCCUCAGUGGUCGCAGUUAUGGCGGAUACGCAACCCUUUUCGCUCUAGCCGUCUCGUUCCUCUCCUCCAUCUCAAAUGCUGCCGCACCAGCCACGGGCGCCAUCAACUAUUCGAGCCAUAUGCUGGAAAUGUAUGCCGACGUUGAUCUGCCAGAUAGUCUCAGAAGGAAUAGACCCGCUGGACUCGCAUCACCUUCGCAACUCCGAGCCACCUCUGCUGCGGUAGACGCAUCGACGGCCAACUUGAGCGUCUUUGGCACGCUCAUCGGUCACGCUUACCUUGUCAUGUUUGCGCUUCUCACCAUCGAAAGAGAGAGCGCACUGCUGAGUGCGAGCAGAGAUACAGGCGGUCGAAGGAGGGCUGGCAUUGUAGCCACCAUUGUCGCUUCGGCGUUCACGCUGCCCGUAUCGCUGCUGUUACGCCUGCUGGGAUUCUCGACCUUUCCGGCGCUUUCAUCGCUGGUACCCUCGGCUUCUAACAGCGGCGGCUCGGCAGGCUUUAGCCAUUUGCCAGCGUACCUGGCCAUCAGCUUUGGCUUCUUGAUUCUCGACCCGCUCGUCAGCACUUCGAUCGAGUCGCAUGCUUCCACCAAGGACCGCGUGGCACAUGGAUGGCCAAUUGCUGUGCUCGCCGCCUUUGGCAUAGGUUUUGUCGGAUUUGGCUACAAGCCAAGAUGGUCGCAGCUCGCUGUUGCGCUGCUGGUAGGACAAGCGUUACGUAGCAUCCUCAAAAAUUCGCCGGAUCACAUCUCGUCUCGGUUUACCACAUCCUCAACUAGCAAGGCCGAUAACGCGCAUGGCAGUGCGGUGGCUACAAGAUCUUCCGAUGUGUCGGCCGUACAGGAGCUUGUUGAAUCGUUUCGAUCGGGCGUGGCUGCGUGCAAAGGUACGGUCAAGAUCAUCAUGGCCAAUCCAGACUCGCGCAAAAUCUUUCAAUUCCUGCUGCUCAACCUUGCGUUUAUGGGUGUGCAGCUGCUUUGGGGAGUUUGGACCAACAGUCUGGGCUUGAUUAGCGAUGCGAUCCACAUGUUUUUCGACUGUGCCGCCAUCGGCAUGGGUCUGUUUGCCAGCGUCAUGGCCACCUGGCCCACCGACUCCACCUUCACCUACGGCUAUGCCCGCGUGGAGACGCUCAGUGGAUUUGCUAACGGCAUCUUUUUGAUUCUCAUCUCCAUCUUUAUCGUGUUCGAAGCGGUGCAGCGCAUCAUCGAGCCGCCAGUGAUGAACAACAACACGCAACUUCUGAUCGUCAGCAGCAUGGGUCUUGGCGUCAACCUGUUUGGAAUGUGGGCGACCGGCGGUCAUCAUCAUCACGGACAUGGCCAUGGACACGGCCAUGGUCACGAUCACGGUCACGGGCACGGGCACGGGCACGACCAUGGGCAUGGACAUGGACAUUCGCACAACAUGAUGGGGGUGUACCUGCACGUCAUGGCGGAUACGCUUGGCUCUGUAGGCGUCAUUAUCAGCACACUGCUCAUUGGGCAGUUUGGGUGGACAGGGUUCGAUCCGAUCGCAUCGCUGUUUAUUGCAUUCAUGAUCGUGGGCUCGGUGAUUCCGCUCGUGCUCGAAUCGGGAAGGAUCUUAUGUCUCGAAGUGGGCGAACAUCGCGAGACAGAGAUGAUAGAGGCUCUGGAUGAGCUUCGCACCCUUCACGGCGUGGUUUCGUACCACUCGCCCAGGUUUUGGCCAAAGGAUGCCGAGACUCUGGUUGGCCUAAUUCGCGUGCAGGUCGUGUGGCCUAUCGCUGCAGUGGGAGAGGCGACUGCGCAUCCGCAUGACCACAGUCAUCAUCACAACCACGACCACAGCCACACCCACAAUCACGACCAUGACCAUGGCUGUGAUCGUGGCCAUGGUCACGGGCACAGUCAGCGCUCCGAUCACGCCAGUGAGCCAAGCAACGCAUCAGCGACUCGCUCAGCAUUGACGCCAGAAGCAAUCGCAAAGAACGUCGAGAGCCUGCUUAAAUCGCGCAUUCACGGUCUAGAGAGCGUCGCAGUGCAGCUGGAAAAGGUGGGUCCCGACGCGGCUUCGCCCAACAGCGUGUUUGCAAGCACUCCCCUGUCGUCGUCGCCGUCUUACAGCAGCGCAUAUGACGCAAGCCCCACGACUGCACGCAGCAACACCGCAUCCGCCACACUGUCUCCCAUAACUGCACAUCGUCCUUCGCACCACCAUCACCACCAUCACUAG